GAGAGCAAGCAAAACCGUUCUACAAUGAACAGGUUGAGCGGAUGCUUGCAUGGCUAGCGAUCAACGUCCCCAAACAUAUCCCUGGCAAUGCACACAGCAGCAGGACUGCUUGGACAGUGUUCAAGCGGAUGUGUGAGGAUAACCAUUUCAAGAAGCGCUUCGACAAGUUCAACCCUAGAGUUGAUAGGCUGGCGAAUCUGGAUAGAAACGGAAAGGGGAAGGCUCCUGAGAUUACCGCUGAGGCAAUAAUCCUGAACAGGAAGCGUGCCAAUUCGGUUCAACCCAACUCUCUGCCACAUCCCCAAUCUCUCAAGCGGAGGAAGCCAAAUGGGAACGGUGCUGGUUCAUCGCCCAAGGGAAAUGCCCCUUUGUCACUGUAUGGGAGAGAGGUUAGCGAUGAGGGUGGGGGUGGGGGUGGAGAUGAUAGUGAUUACAGGUCACCUAGCCCUGAAGAGGAAGAGGAAGAGCCGAGAAAGAGAGCUCCAUCGGUGAUAUGCCUUGAUUCUGAUUCUGAAAUGUUGAACAUCACAUUUGAGCUGCAAGAUGAAGAUGAUUGGACAGCUGCCAGGAGGAGUCACCCACAACUCCGCCCUUUGGUGAUGCUUGAUUCCGAUUCUGCAGAUGAAGAGGGGGACGUUGAUGAUGCACUGGGGCAUGGAAAUGAAUUGAGUGAAGAUGGGUUUUAA